CAACAAAGGUGUUCAUUCAGUUAACAACUAUGGCUGUUUUUUCAGCUAAGGCCCUACUAAUACACCCACUCUUUGUUCUAGUACUUGCCUCAUUCUUGGGGCUCAGCCAUGGAGAAGGCACUGAUCCAAUCCUCUCAACUAAUCUUAUUUUUAGUGAUGGGCCGGAAAUCCCACGUGGGCGGUCGGCAUCACCAGCACCACCUACCCCCUCACCACCACCACCACCUCCGCCGUCACCACCACCACCUCCACCCUCACCCUCACCCUCACCAUCUCCGUCGUCACCACCUAGACGAUCACCAUCACCAUCUACGCCAUCACCAUCGCCAUCUACACCAUCACCAGCACCAGUUCCGUCGUCACCAUCACCACCUCGACAGUCACCAUCUCCGCCUACGUGGUCACCAUCACCAGCUCCAUCGUCGCCACCUACGCGUUCACCAUCACCAGCUCCGUCGUUAACACCUACGCCGUCACCAUCACCACCUCGACAGUUGCCAUCACGACAUUCGCCUCCGCCGUCAACUAAUGAUGUUGCUGCUGCUGUUGCAGCUGCUAUUGCUGCUGCCCAAGCUGCUGCUGCGGCCGAAGCUGCUGCUGCCGCCCAAGCUGCCGCUGCGGCCGAAGCUGCUGCUGCCGCUACUGCAGCCGCAGCUGCUGGAGGUGCUUCUUCAGGCGAAGCUGGUGGUGGUCGACGCCCAUCACCACCAUGUAAGCCAUCACUUCCGUCACCACCUGAUCAGUCUGCAAAGAAACCACCACCUUCACCAGCAAAGCAACCACCACCACCACCUUCUAAGAAAUCGCCUUCACCAGCUCCUCCUCCAUCAAUCGCUAAUCCACCAGUUAUGGCACCAUCACCAUCACCAACUGCUCAGCCACCUGUAAUAUUAGCACCAUUUCCAUCACAUGCAGCGAAUCCACCCCCUAUUCCACAUAUACCAACACGACCAGUUAAGCCGCUUACACCUUCAGCUCUUCCCACCGCCAAGCCAGCUCUAACGGUCAAUGGUCUUGUUUACUGUAAAUCCUGCAACAGCUAUGGGGUUCCCACUCUCCUCAACGCUUCCCUACUCCAAGGAGCUUCUGUGAGGCUAGUUUGCUACAACGGAAAGAAUGCAAUUGUUCAAUCGGCCACGACAGACAAGAAUGGAGAGUUCGGGAUCAUGCCCAAAUCUUUAAGGGGAGCAGAUAUAGGAAAAUGCAAAGUAUACUUAAUGAAAUCACCAAAUCCCAAUUGUAAUGUCCCAACAAACUUCAAUGGUGGAAAAUCAGGUGCUUUAUUGAAACCUAUCGUACCCCCUAAGCCACCGAUUGUUACCCCUGCGGUACUCCCUGUCCAACCACCCAUGUCUGAUUUCUAUAGUGUUGGACCUUUUAUAUUUGAAGCAUCAAGUAAAAUGCCAUGCGGAAACAAUAUGGCUUUUACAUCAGUAAAGGCCCUAGUGCUCCUACAACUUUCUGUUUUACUAGUAAUUAGCUCAUUCUCAAAGCUCAGCUUUGGUGAAGAAAUUGAAAGCUGGUCACUGGACGAUCAUGGGGAUAAUGAAAUCAUAUCAACUACAGGCCGAAGCUUUUUUGGGAAACGUCCUCCCUCUACCCCUAAGCCAUCACCAUCAACCCCAGCUAAGUCACCGUCACCGCCAGCUAAGUCGUCGCCACCACCAUCACCGCCAGCUAAGUCACCACCACCACCAACUCAGUCGCCACCACCUCCGUCACCACCACCUAAGUCACCACCUCCGCCGCCACCACCACCAACUCAGUCACCACCACCACCUAAGUCACCACCUCCGCCACCACCACCAACUCAGCCACCAUCACCGGCUCAAUCACCACAACAACCACCUCCACCGCCUCCACCACCAACUCAAUCACCACGACAAGCACCUUCACCGUCACCAACUGCUCAGCCACCAAAACUACCACUACUUCCAUCACCACCAGCUACUCAGCCACCAAUAAGGCAACCACCACCACCAUCACCAGCUACUCAGCUACCAUUAAGGCAACCACCACCACCAUCACCAGCUACUCAGCUACCAUUAAGGCAACCACCACCACCAUCACCAACUAAUGAACCGCCAAUAUUUGAGCCACCCACUGAUCAUGAGCCGCCAUUCAUUGAGCCACCACCAGUUGAUCAGCCUCCAUUUGUUGAGCCACCACGUAUUAUAGUAACACCAUUUCCACCAACUCUACGUCCACCAAUUACACCACCGGUUCAGCUUCCACCACCAUCCAUUCAUCCCACCGGAAAGCCUCUAAUCGUCGUCGGCCGUGUAAAUUGCAAAUCUUGCAGCAGCCGAGGACUUCCCACUCUCUUUAAAGCUUCCCCACUCGAGGGAGCUUCAGUGAAGCUAGUUUGUCACAUGAACGAAAGGAAGGCAAAUGUUCAAUGGGCAUUGACAGACAAGAAUGGUGAUUUCUCGAUCAUGCCCAUGUCUUUAACCAGAGCAGACGUCCAAAAAUGCAAGGUAUACUUAGUGAAAUCACCAAAACACAUUUGCAAUGUCCCAACAAACUACAACAAUGGAAAAUCUGGUGGUGUAUUGAAACCUGUCCUACCACCUAAGCCACCGGGUAAUCCAGGCCCUGGUCAACCGCCCAUGUUUGAUUACUUUGGUGUUGGGCCUUUUAUAUUUGAAGCCCAAAGCAAAUUCCCAUGUAAAUAGUAAUAAUUAAGCUCUUCAAUGAAAAUGAGGUGAGCAAAGAAAGGAAAAUAAAGUAUGAAUGGAUAAUUGAGUUUGUGAUGGGAAACCUUUUUUCUUUAUUUCUUUCUAAUCCUUUCUGUAGUUUACAAGAAGAAAGGCAUAAUCUCUACUUCCGCUAGAGAAGAAUCAACUUUGGAUUUUCAGUAGCAAAAUCCAAAAUUGAGAUUCAUAGGGAUUGUAACCAUUACACAUUCACUUCGAAUGCAAGAACUAUUACGAGGUUAUGAAAAUAGAAA